AUGCCUGCGUCUGUCAAAAAAGGCGCUCCAGCCCAGCCGCCCUCGGCUGUCACGUCCCUUCAUGAUGCGCCAUCUAAACCGUCAUCACCAUCGCGCGGGCUGCGGUUCUGGCUCAUUAUCCUUUCCGGAUGUCUGGUGGACUCCUGCACCGCCCUGGACAGCACCAUCAUUGCGACUGCUCUUCCCAAGAUCACUACCAAACUUCAUGGCGAGCAGCAGUACGUCUGGUUGGCCAACACCUACGUGUUUUCUUGCACCGCAGUCAUGCCAUUCGUGGGCCAGACAUCCAAUAUCUUCGGUCGCCGGGUGCCGAUGAUCAUCUCAGUCAUACUGUUCUCCCUUGGAAACGCCAUCGCUGGGGCCUCUGUCAAUGCUCCCAUGCUGAUAGCUGGUAGAGUCGUCAGUGGCCUCGGCGGUGGUGGCGUAUUCGUCCUGCAGGACUUGAUCAUCUGUGAUCUGGUGCCUGUGCGGGAGCGAGCCAUGUUCCUUGGGAUUCGUAUCGCUAUUGCAACCGUCUUUACUAUCCUUGGCCCCAUCCUCGGCGGAGUCCUCGCGCAGCGAUCAUGGCGGUGGGUGUUCUUCAUUAACCUACCUUUUGCCGGCGUCGCCCUCCUGAUUAUGGUCCCGUUCCUGCGUCUCAAAUAUAAGCGAGAACCAUCGUGGAAGAAAGCUGUCGCUCGCAUCGAUUUCCUGGGCAACUUCAUAUUCGUUUGCGCCAUCUGUGCUGUCCUAUUGGGGUUGAUCAUGGGCGGAACACAGUACGCUUGGUCUUCAUGGCACAUAAUCGUACCGCUCGUGGUAGGAUUCGCUGGCUGGAUUGCCUUUCACUUCCAUCAGGCCUCGCCCAUUUGCAAGGAGCCCAGCAUGCCUCCGUUACUGUUCAAAAACCGGACGUCGGUCACCUGUUUGGUUUUGACCUUCAUUUCCAACAGUCUGAUGCAGUGGAUCGUGUUCUUCCUACCUGUCUACUUCCAGUCACUCAAAGGAGCGAGUCCCCUAAAAUCUGGCGUCGACGUACUUCCCUUCAGCGUCCUCUUCGUUCCUUUAGCAAUCCUAACUGGAGGACUCAUAGCCAAAUACGGAAAAUAUAAACCGAUACACCUCAUCGGGUUCGGAUUCGCAUCAGUCGGAUGCGGCCUCCUCUCUAUCCUUGAUGGCGGCUCCCCUAAAGUUCAAUGGAUCUGGUUCCAACUCUUAAUCGCAAUUGGCGUCGGCUUUACUAUGGUUAGUAUACUGCCCGUCAUGCAGGCUUCCUUGCCGGAGUCGUACGUCGCUACUGCUACAAGCACCUUUGCUUUUGUACGUAAUUUCGGCUUCGUAUGGGGAGUCACGAUUCCAGCCGUCAUAUUCAACGCCAGAGUCAAUCGAAAUCUUCACUGGAUCGACGAUGACACCACUCGAGCUCGCCUGAGUAAUGGAGGUGCGUACGGAUACGCAGGCACGGGAGAGAUCAACCGCCUCGAAUCCAAUGUAAAGGCCCAGGUCCACGAUGUUUAUGCUUCAGCUAUGGAAACAAUGUGGCAAGCAGCCGCGGCGAUGGCAGCGGUCGCAUUCUUUUUAGUGUUCCUAGAGCAAGAUAUCGAGCUAAGAAUGGAUAUGGAAACCGAGUUUGGGAUGGAAGAUGAGAAAAAGGUCCAGGAAACGUCGCUUCCCAAAUGA